AUGGUCACUGGUGAUAAUCUUCAAACAGCUAGAGCAAUAGCUUUAGAGUGUGGGAUAUUAGGAUCAAAUGCAGUUGCUACUGAGCCUAAUCUUAUAGAAGGAAAGACAUUCCGUGCCCUGUCCAACGCACAGAGACUAGAAGUGGCUGACAAAAUUUCUGUGAUGGGCAGGUCAUCUCCGAAUGAUAAACUUUUGCUUGUGCAAGCACUAAGGAAGAGGGGACAUGUAGUUGCUGUUACUGGAGAUGGCACUAAUGAUGCUCCGGCACUACAUGAGGCAGAUAUAGGUCUUGCAAUGGGUAUUCAAGGCACAGAAGUUGCUAAAGAGAGCUCAGAUAUUAUCAUACUGGAUGAUAAUUUUGCUUCGGUUGUAAAGGUUGUGAGAUGGGGAAGAUCUGUGUAUGCCAAUAUACAGAAAUUUAUACAAUUUCAGCUCACAGUUAAUGUUGCAGCCCUGAUAAUCAAUGUAGUGUCUGCAGUUUCCUCUGGUAAUGUCCCACUAAAUGCUGUGCAGCUUUUGUGGGUAAACCUUAUCAUGGAUACACUAGGAGCUCUUGCACUUGCAACGGAACCUCCCACUGAUCAUCUCAUGCGUAGACCUCCCGUCGGUAGAAGGGAGCCUCUCAUAACAAAUAUUAUGUGGAGGAACUUGAUCAUUCAGGCUCUAUAUCAAGUGACGGUUCUCCUUGUCCUCAAUUUUGGAGGAACAAAGAUUCUGAAUUUAGAGCAUGACACUCGUGACCAAGCCUUCAAAUUGAAGAAUACAAUGAUUUUUAAUGCAUUCGUCUUUUGCCAGAUAUUUAAUGAAUUUAAUGCUAGAAAGCCAGAUGAGAUUAAUGUGUGGAAGGGAGUAACCAAAAAUCGUCUUUUCAUGGGUAUCGUUGGCCUUACUCUUGUGCUCCAGGUGAUAAUAAUCACGUUUCUUGGGAAGUUCACUUCAACUGUUCGACUCAGCUGGAAGUUGUGGCUCGUUUCUGUGGCUAUUGGUACUAUCAGGUUCGUUUGUCAUUACCUAAGCAUUCUUGUAACACCUAAAGUAGUUCAUGUUGAAUCUCCACUCCGCCUUUCAGCAAAUUCAUCACUAGGAAAUUGCAUUAACAAAGAGGUUGACUUGACUGCAUUGUUUUCUUCUCCCAAGUGA